UUCACUGGGAAGUGACAAUGGCCUCACUUAAGGAGAGGCUCUGGUUAACUCUGGAGGAUUUGAGGGAGGAGGAAUUUAAGCAGUUGAAAUGGAUCCUCCAGCAAGCAGACAUCAUGCACACAAUCAUCCCACAUCUUGAAGUCUACCCAGCCAUCCCUGCCACCAGGCUGGAGAAGACUGACAGGCAGGACACAGUUGUUCAGAUGGUGCAGUUCUAUGGCCUUAACGGAGCUCUGGAAGUGACAAGGAAGCUUUUCAUAAAGAUCAACAGAAAUGAUCUAGUGCAGCAAUUACCAGACAUCACCUCAGCACCAAGAGUAGUUGAUGUGGCAGCCACCCUUCCUCACCUUGUUUCUGCAGACAGUCAGACUGAAGAUUUGAUGGUGCCAGUACCAAAGCCUCCACGGCCAAUCACGUCAUACCAACAAAUACUCCAAUCUAAUCUUCAGAACCGGUUUAUAUGUGUGCAAGAUGGACCGUCAGAUAUGGAGGAUAAAAAACUUCUGGAAGAUAUUUAUACACCGCUUUACAUCACAGAUGGAAGCAACAUGACAAUUAACUGGCAACAUGAGGUCAGGCAGAUUGAGAUGGCAUCAAGAAAUCCAGUGGGAACAGAAACAUCAAUCAAACCCAGUGAUAUCUUCAAACACCCUUCUGGCAAAUACAGACCCAUAAGAACAGUGCUAACCAAUGGGAUCGCAGGAAUUGGCAAAACAUUCCUUGUGCACAAGUUCAUCUUUGAUUGGGCUGAGAGACAAAACAAUCAAGAUGUACAUCUCAUUUUCCCACUCGCUUUCCGCCAAAUGAAUUUACUGAACGGAAGAAAGUUUUGUCUCGCCAAGCUAAUUCACAAAUGCAUCAGUGAAACCAAAGACAUCAAAGAAGAGGCUCUUAAUUACAUUUUCACAACACUGCAGGAGUCAGGGAACACUAACUAUGACAAGAGUAAAUUUAAACUUCUGUUUGUGUUGGACGGACUUGAUGAAAACCGCCUUCAACUAGACUUCACUGCCAAAGAAAAACACACAGUCGAUGUGACAAAGUCAACUGGGGUAGAAGAACUGCUUAUGACCCUCAUUAAAGGGACUCUGCUUCCUUCUGCUCGUCUCUGGAUAACCACACGACCUGCAGCAGCCAAUCAGAUCUCUCUUGAGUUUGUUGACAUGGUAUCAGAAGUGAGAGGUUUCACUGACCCUCAGAAAGAGGAGUACUUCAGGAAGAGAUUCAGUCAUGAUGAGCACGCCAGCCGAAUCAUCUCCCACAUCAAGACAUCACAAAGCCUCCAUAUUAUGUGCCACAUCCCGGUCUUCUGCUGGAUCACUGCAACAGUUCUGGAGGAUGUGUUGAAAACCAAUGAGAGAGGAGAGCUGCCCAAGACCCUGACUGAGAUGUACACUGAAUUCCUGGCAUUUCAGAUCAAACAAACAAAAAAGAAGUACGGCACAAAAAAGAGCAUUCAGUACAUCCAGUCACUUGCGAAACUGGCUUUUGAACAGCUUGAGAAAAGGAACCUGAUCUUCUAUGAGAAAGACCUAAAAGAGAGUGGUAUUGAUUUCAGUGAAGCUUCUGUGUGCUCUGGGGUGUUCACACAGAUCUUUAAGAAGGAGCGCUUGAGGAAAAAGGACAAGGAUAAGGGUAGGAUGUUCAGUUUUGUCCAUCUGAGCAUUCAGGAGUUUCUGGCUGCUUUUUAUGUGGAGCUGUCACUCAUUAACGGCAACAAGAAUGUGAUGGCUGAAUCCAAACCAACUUCAAAAAGUCUGGGGAUGUUUUUCAGCAAAUCAUCUGCAACAGAGGUCCAUCAAAUUGCUAUUGAUAAGGCCUUAGAGAGCCCAGAUGGACACCUGGACUUGUUUCUCCGCUUCUUGUUGGGCUUUUCAUUGCAGACCAAUCAAGAUGUCCUUGCAGACCUACUGAAACUGAAAAGAAUGAGCUCAAACAACAAUCAGGAGACAGUGCAGUACAUCCAGGAAAAGAUCAGGGAGAAUCCCUCUCCAGAGAGAUGCAUCAAUCUUUUUCACUGUCUGAAUGAGUUGAAUGAUAAUUCUUUAGUGGAAGAGAUCCAAAAGUACAUGAGUUCAGGAAAUAUCCGCAAGAGAUGUCUCUCUCCUGCUCAGUGGACAGCUAUGGUGUUCAUUUUACUGUCAUCAGAAAAAGACCAUGAUGUGUUUGACCUUAAGAAAUACUGUGCUUCAGAGGAGGGUUUUCUGAGGCUGCUGCCAGUGUUUGGAGCCUCCAUCACGUACCUGUUGAGUGGCUGUAUGCUUUCAGAGAAAAGCUUUAAAGCUUUGGCAUCGGUUCUUGCCUCCAAACCAUCUAAUCUGAGAGAACUGGACCUAAGCAGCAACAUCCCAGAUGAUUCAGGAGUGAAGCUGCUCUCUGCUGGACUUGAGAGCCCUCACUGUAGACUUGAAACUCUCAAGUUGAGUGACUGUAACUUCUCAGAGAGAAGCUGUGAAGCUCUGGCCUCAGUUCUUAGCUCCCAGUCUUCUAAACUGCGAGAGCUGCACCUGGGUAACAACUGCCUGCAAGACUCAGGAGUGAAGCUGCUCUCUGCUGGACUUAAGUCCCCACAAUGUAGACUGAAAACCCUCAGGCUGAAUUUGUGCAAGCUGUCCUGGAUGAGCUGUGAACCUCUGGCCUCAGCUCUAAGCUCACCGUCCUCCAGUCUGGCAGAGCUGGACCUGAGCAACAACGACCUGCAGGAUUCAGGGGUGAAGCUGAUUUCCACUGGACUGAAGAGUCAACACUGUAGACUGGAAACUCUAAGUCUGUCAGGCUGUCAGGUCACAGAGGAAGGCUGUGCUUCUCUGGUCUCAGCUCUGAACUCCAACCCCUCCCACCUGAGAGAGCUGGACCUGAGCUACAAUCAUCCAGGAGACUCAGGAGUGACCCUGCUUUCUGCUGGACUGCAGGAUCCACAGUGGAGACUGGACACUCUCAGGGUGGACCAUUGUGGAGAGCACUGCUUGAAAUCUGGUCUGAAGAAGUAUGCAUGUGAACUCACACUGGACCCAAACACAGCCCACCGAGGCCUCAUCUUGUCUGACAAAAACAGAAAAGUGACACGGGGGAGCGAGCAGCCAUAUCCUGAUCACCCUGAAAGGUUUGAUGGCUGGUAUCAGAUGCUGUGUAGAGAGGGUCUGACCAGCCGCUGUUACUGGGAAGUUGAGUGGAAUGGAAGGAUUUUUGUUGCAGUGACUUACAGAGAAAGCAGCAGGAGCGGAGACACUGUUGACCGCUGUCUUGGAUGGAAUGAAAAGUCCUGGACUCUGAAGUGCAGUGAUGAGGGGUACUACACUUGGUACAACAAAGCUAUCACAAACAUGUUGUUCCAACCCCUUGACACUAAAAGAGUUGCAGUGUAUCUGGACUGGCCUGCUGGCACUCUGUCCUUCUACAGAGUCUCGUCUGACACAUUGAUUCACCUCUACACCUUCUACUCCCACUUCACUGAACCCCUUUACCCUGGCUUCAGGAUAGGGUUAGGCAGCUCAAUGACACUGUGUCAGAUAGACGAGGGAGAGUUGCCACCUGUAUGAAGAAUUUAAGACUUGUGCUGACUGAGGACAGGUUCUCAAAUGAAUAGUUUGAUAUUUUGGGAAAUACACUCAAAUGGUGGUCAAUAACUUAGUGAUGACUCUCAGGCUUAAUUGGUGGACUGCUGUAGCUGGCAGUCAGUAGCUGCUGGAAAUUUUUCCUAUUUUGUCUCGACUGUUCUAUGUCCUUCCCCCUGUCAUUUUGCUCACCAUUGCACAACAUUUUGUUCCAUAAAAAGUUAUUUAAGAGGAAAAAUAAAGCUGCCAGGGUGAAUGUCAUUGUGGCGUUCCUGGAAAAGAGAGCAUGCAGUGAAUGUCCCAUGAAUAAAUAAAGUUAAAAAAAAAAAUCAGUUUAUGUAAGUGGCUGGUUGCCUUUUUUUCCCCAUUAUGCACAUGUAUACCCUGGUAUGAAUAAUGGGACCUUAAAACCAUAUAACCUUAAAGACUGUGUAAAGUGAAUUCAGACAUUUUCUUCUAAACACAUUAAAUAGGUCAGCUAGCAGCUGAGUUCGUAGCAGAAAGCUCUCAGACCUAGCGUCCAUGUUUCAGGUAGAGGUGGUGACUUUGAUUGACAGGUGACACUUGGUAGGGGGCGGGGUUUCGGCAGACUCGGCGGGCACUCCCACAGCGUUUGGGAGCUGAGAAAAAGGUCGAUUUUUACACAACUUUGAAGCCUAAUUUCAUAUAUUUGGCGAUUUUUUUAAUCAUUCAAAUUUGGCAGGGUGGUUAACAACACACUUUUCUGUGGUAUGUCAAACUCAGAACACAUAUUUAUUCUUACUUUACACAGACUUUAAAAGCAUGUAUAAAUUGUUGUUUAAA